CAUUAUGCGCCGGCGAGGCCCAGAACAGGGGUAGCUACCUAGCGAUAGCACCCUGGACACACAGAGCAACCUCUGUUUGCAGAUUUUGGUGAAUUUGGCUAGCUAAUAUUAGCCAUUUAGUUGGCUAACUACCAUCAGAUGCAAUUAAUAGGUCGCUGUCUGCCAGCUUUUCUCUUUUCCACUCUUGAAUUGCAUUCAUCCCCUGGUUUUAACAAGUUUGUUAGGAAGGUAGUAGUUAAUAAGUUACCUGGUUCGUGAGCUGGUGAACUAACUAUCUUGCUGUUGAGUUGUGUAGCUAGUUACCUAGAUGUUUUUCACACGUCCCUCAGACGACUAGAUAUCUUUUCUUCAAGGCAGCAAAUCAUAUAUUAAACAUCACCUGGCGAGCGGUUUGACACGUCAGUCAAAACUGAGAAUACGCUGGGGAGUAAUUCGUUGGAUGGAUGAGCGUUUUAUGGUUGAAACAAAACCCAUAUAGUUAGCUUGUUAACUAGUUAACUGGCUCUCCGGCUAGCUGCGGAGCAAUCUUACCGUCAGCGGGGGGGGCGAGAGUCGACAUCCGGAUAACGGUUGGUCCCAUUUGUAGGAAUCGCAGGGAGAGAUGUGGGAUCAGGGUGGGCAACCCUGGCCACAGUGGCCUUUAAGCCAGCAGCAGUGGAUGCAGUCGUUCCAACACCAGCAGGAUCCAAGCCAGGUGGACUGGGCGGCACUGGCCCAGGCCUGGAUCGCUCAGAAAGAGUCGACAGGUACACCGGUGGAACAGCAGGGCCUUCAGCCCAAUGGGCAGGAGGUUCAGGGGCUGGAGCCAGUGCCCAAUAACCAUGGAGCUUUCCAGAGUGACCCAGCUUUCGGGAGGAUGUGGCAGCCAGAAUGGGGGAUGCACAGCCAGCCCCCUCCCCCACCCCCCGAACAGGCCUGGAUCCCCCCUGGGCCCGGGCCCAUGGAUGUGGCCCCACCCUCUGAGGACAGCAACAGUCAGGACAGCCUGGAGUUUGGGCCGGAUGCCCUACACGGGGCGUUUCCUCAGAACAGCCACGGCUUCUCAGGCACGCCUGACAGCUUCUCCAUGGCCCCCAUGGCCGUUAACCAGUUUGACUACCAGCACGGGGCCGCUGCCUUUGGCCCCCCUUCCACGGGGUUCCACCCCCCAUACUGGCAGCAGGGCCCACCGCAGAACAGGCGGGACAGACCCCCCGCCUUCCGAGAGCGGCAGAGAUCCCCCAUUCAGCUGCCCAAACAGGAGCCCCCAGCUCUGGACGCAGUGAAGCGGCGCACUCUGCCCGCAUGGAUCCGAGAGGGCCUGGAGAAGAUGGACAGAGAGAAGCAGAAGAAGCUGGAGAAGGAGAGGAUGGAGAGACAGAGAGCAGAAAUGGCCAAAGAUGAAAAGAGAGAGGGCGAUUUGGCAGAAGAGGAAGGGGAUGGGCCCAGACUGCCACGCAAAAGCAAAUUUGACAGUGAUGAUGAGGAAGAGGAGGAGGAGGAAGAGGGGCAAGCUCCAGUGAGGAAGCAGGAGUUUGUGAGCCGGAGUCCGUCUCCUCCACCGGAAGAACAGAGUGAGCCAGAGCUGACGGAGGAGGAGAGAGAGUUCCAGCUGAUGAUUUUGACCAAAACCCUGCUGACAGAGGUGUUGUUGGAGGUCACCAAUGAGGAGAUUUACCAGGUGGCCAAAGAGACCCAUCGCAAGGCCACUAAAGCUCCUGCCAAACAGCUGGCACAGUCAAGUGCACUGGCUUCUCUGACCGGCCUCGGGGGACUGGGGGAGUACGGCUCCGACGAGAGCGAGGAGGAGGAGGAGCGCAGCGCGGGCGUGUCCGAGUCCUCCGACACAGACGAGGAGGAGCUGCGGCACCGCAUCAGGCAGAAGCAGGACGCCUUCCGCCGCCAGGAGAGGGAGCUGCAGCUGCAGCAGGAGAGAUACAUGCAGGACGGGCCGCGCAUACACGAAGACGUGGCGGCAGAGAGAGGGGGCAGGGACAGGGGGGAGUAUGAGGAGGAGCAGGCAGGCAGCCCAGAGAAGCAGGAAGUGAGGGAGAGGGAGGCGGAGCCCGCCGCAGAGAGGCGUAGGUCCCGCAGCGAGCCCGAGGUCAGCGAGGUCAGGCGGGCGGGCCCCGGGAGGGAGCGGGCGGGGCGCGGGGGCGGCGGGAGCGGCAGCGCCACACCCAGCGAAGGCCGCAGCAGUAGCUCGCGCUCCAGCUCCAGCAGCUCGUCCAGCCGCUCGUCCUCGUCCUCGUCCUCGUCCUCGGGCUCCUCCCGCAGCUCCUCGCGCUCCUCCUCGCCGCGGAGGAAGCGGCGGCGCAGCCGCUCGGGCUCCCGGCGGGCGCGGCCCCGCAGCCGCAGCCGCAGCUCGCGCAGGCGGCGCGGCGAGCGGGAGAAGGCCCGGGACAGGAGGCGGGGCAGCCGGGCCCGCAGCGCCGAGCGCUCCGCCCGCCGGAGGAACCGCUCGCGCUCCCGCUCCCGCGAGCGCCGCUCCAGCCGGGGGCGCAAGAGCAGGUCCAAGGACAGGGCGAGGGGCAGCCGCAGUCGCAGCCGCAGCCGGGACCGCCGGCGCAGCCGAGAGCGCAGACGCAGCCGUAGCCGCAGCAGGCGCAAGCAGAAAGGCGCCAGCAAGGACAGGAGCCACAGCCGUGAGAAAGACAGAAAGAAAAAGGAGAAAGAGUCAGAGAGGAAGAAAGACAAGCAGAAAGCCAAGGAGAAGGAAAAGAGGCAGGAGAGGGAGAGUAGUUCUGCGGUGCAGGAGGAGAGGAAUGGCAGAGCUAAGCGGAGGAAGGAGAGCGAGCACACAGACUCCCACAGUGACGCCUCCAAGCUCUCCCGCCAGGAUAGUAAGGCCAGUAGGAAGGGCUCCACCAAGCCCAGCAGAAAGUCCUCCGACUCCGAGUCGAGCAGGAGCAGGUCUCCCUCCCCUCAGCUUAGCAAAGAAAAGAAAUCCAAAAAGUCCAAACGUAGUCGCUCAAGAUCGACGGAAAAAUCUCACAAGUCUGGUAAGAAGGCAAGCCGCAAACACAAGUCUAAGUCACCAUCAAGGUCAAACUCUCCUGCCCGGCGAUGGCGUUGAGGAGUAAUCCUCCCUGAUCUGUGCACUUAUUUUAAAAUUCCAUGAGUUUUAAAGGCUUGUCUCAUUAUAGAGGCAACGGUGUAGGUGACACCCCCCCCCCUCCCCCUCUUUCUCCUUUUUCCCCUCCACACAAUCUCUGUAAAUAGGUGUAAUAUUUUUAAGUGCUGUCUGCAAUACAAUACAAUACAGGACAUUUUGAAUGCUAGGUGUUGCCUUGUAUUACACAAAGCCGAGGGUUAGUAGUCAGUAGAAUCUUGGAAGUUGUAACAUUUUAAAACACAAAAGUGAAAAAGACUCCUCCACAUAUUAAUGUAAAUUGUUGUCCAAUAAAAUGAGUGGUUCUG